AUGUCUGAGCGCGAGAACACCGAGGAGCCCAACAACGGGCCCGACCAUGUGGUCGUGGUUGAUGUGGAUGAUGCGCCCGGAAGCGAUUAUGGGGGCUCUGAUAGAGCAUCUUCCUCGGCAUCAUCAAGUGCCAGUGUGACCACAUCGAUUCUCGAUUAUCGAAUCGAAAAUGGCAGGACAUAUCACGCAUACAAAGAUGGCAAAUACAAAAUGCCCAACGAUGAGACAGAGAAUGAUCGACUUGAUCUUCAACACAACCUUCUGCUCAUGACAUUCGACGACAAGCUCGGAAAUGCCCCGCCGAACGAAAAAGGUGCUAAAGUCGGCCGUGUCUUGGACAUUGGCACGGGUAGUGGUAUCUGGGCCAUCGACUUUGGCGACGAACACCCGGAAGCCGAGGUUCUUGGGAUUGACCUUUCAGCAGCAUUUCCCGAUCCUAGCACGCCACCCAAUGUGAAGUUCGAGAUUGAUGACCUUGAAGAGCCCUGGACUUACUCUCGCCCGUUCGAUUAUAUCCACAGCCGGAUGAUGAACGGAUCUGUUGGCGAUUGGGAGCUCUAUGCUCAGAGGUGUUUCGAUAACCUCAACCCGGGAGGAUAUGUGGAAUUCAACGAGGCCAACAUUGCCCCUAUGUGUGACGAUGACACCCUGAAACCAGACUCCAUGAUGGUCAAGAUUUCGACACUGGUUCAGCAAGCAUCCGAACAGUUUGGAAGGCCCGCCAGGGACGCCAAAGAUCUCAAAGCUGUCUUGAUCAAAGCUGGCUUUGUUGACGUAAAAUUACUGCAGUUUAAGUGGCCCACGAACACUUGGCCCAAGGAACAAAGGUUUAAGGAGCUUGGUACUUGGGGUCAUGAGAACAUCAUGUCCGCUUGGGAGGGACUCUGUCCCGCAAUGCUGACGAGAGCCCACGAUUGGACGAGGGAAGAGGUUAUUGUGGCCAUGGCCGAGUUGCGCAAGGAACUCAGGGACAGAAGUAUUCACGCGUACCACACAGUAUACUCGAUCUAUGGAAGAAAGCCUAAAGCAUCAGAGUUGGAGACGGCUUAA